GUCUACACUGGGUACAAAUUAUUAUGGUGAUGAUUCUGAGUUGUCUUUAUUGUCAGGCUGCGUGGUCCAGGUACUAGGGAGGCGAAACUUAUAUUUCUCACUGGCUUAACCCGCGGUACCAUCUGAUGGACAACAGGUCGAGCCGAAUAAGUGAGAUGCGCGGGAGUGUGACGCUCAGUUAUUUGCUCCUCCUUCGCGUCCUCCUUUGGGUAGAAGUGAUGUAGCUGCGGUUGUGCCGGUACUGCAUUGACAAUGCGAAGGAUUAACGGUGUCGAGGACGUCGACGUGGACGAUGAUGCCGCUGACGAGGAUAAACGUGUAAAGCUCUGAUGAGAAAUAGCUCCAAAAUCCCUGUUUCCGUGCAGUAUUGUGGCCGCUUGGAUUACAACCGUACAAUAGCUUAGCGCAAGGAAUGACGUUAACUACGGAGUGAAUGGAUGGAUUGACAAAAGUUCAAGCGCUGUGAAAUUAAUUAAGGUAACGUGAAUGCCAAGACUUACUGCGAUGGAGCGCAUGAUGACCACUUCAGCACCAACUAAUUGCUGCUAAACAAGUACCCAUUGCAUUUAUAUAUUCAGCACUUGGACCGGAUUAGUAAUGCGCUGCCUCUCAGCUGUUGCCUGCUUGACCAAUUAUGAAAAAGAUGCAAAAGAUUUAUUGAACAUUUGCGUAGUUGAGACACUCCCACAAUUGCAAGAUUGUGACGCCGAGCCGCAAACGCAGACGCGUGUUUUGCUAACUAGUACCAGAGGCUUAGCUGCGAGGGGCAAUAUGAACUUUAUUUUCCUCUCAACGAUUCGUUGCCAUGCCACUGCUCUUUAACUACCAAUUGGCGACUGGCUUUACAGUGAUUUCAUGGCAGAGCAAUUCACACAGCACUUCAGUUUGACUUUGCCACUCGCUUCGUUUCGUAUUGAGGGAGAGAAACUAUCAGAUCUCCCGGCCGCCCACGUUCAUUGUCCCUUGUGACCAAUAUAACCAAAUUCAUUUUACCCAUAAUGCGUUCAUUGGUGAUCCUGCUGUUAUUUACCUUGUGCUCUUUCUGCGAUUCAUCUAAAGAGGAGAUGGUAGCCCCACAACUUUUGAUUGACUCCGCACCCUCAGUGGUUUCAUAUCAGGGCUCUUCGCAGACACAUACUCGUUUUGUUAUAGCACCAAUGGGCCGAUCCUUAGGAUAUGUUGAGCCCAUAAAUCUUAAUCGAACUUUUCGUACUUCCAAGGCGACAAUUGAUGAUGCUGUGGCAACAAAUGAAAGCGGAUCUGAAACUGGAUAUGAGCAGCUCAAAAUAAGUCCCGUUUACGUACAUCAUAACUAGAAUAGAUUAUAAUUUUAUUUCUUUAUAGCUAAAUUUGUCAAUAUAGUGCAAUCCUUA